UAAGCAUUAACCUCAUACCUUUGCUCUGAACGACCUCGAUAUGUCAUCGCCUAGACACACGUUUAUCCCCCUCGAGCCUCAAGACCUGCUUAAAGACGUCGAGGAACAGCUGGCAAGCCAGACCCCGACACAGAAGAGAGGAUUGCUAUAUACCUACGAUUUACCGAGCUCUUGCCGAAAGGUCUUCGAUGCGGUUGUAAAACCAAUGGCCGACGAUAUGAAGAAAUGGGCAGAGUCGCAACAGAAGGGUUUUAAUAUUAACGACUUUGAACGUCCCCGCUAUCAGCCGCAAUUCUACCCGCUUAAGAAAGAGGGCGAUACGGUGUGGACGGAUAAUGGCUAUGUCUGCCUGAUAGUGCCUUUUUUCAAGGGUACGAUGGAGGUCUUGGUUCGUAUUCUAGGUAGUAGUGAUGAGUACUCGAUCAAAUGGGAAUCCGGGUCGGUUCUCCACCUCGAUGAAGCGACGGGUAUUCUACCCUUGCAAGGAGAUCUCAUAUUCUACUAUAGCCUCUUCUACGUGAGCGCAACGGGUGCGGUAGCAAUAACCUCACAAGAAACACAGAGCAGCAGGAGGAUAGAAGGGUAAAGCUGUGUUGUUACUGUCACGAAGGAGAGGAUUCGACUGGCAUAACACGCAGUAUAACCGUAACCUGUAUUGUGG